GCACAGUCUUGGCUCAAGCCGUCUCGGCUUGCAAGCGCGGGCCUCAUAUUGAGGGUAGCCGUCGGCGCCCCGCGGCCGGACCGCCGCGGUGCAUGCUUCGCCUCUUGUCCUGUGGCAUCGUCGCGCUUGGCGGUGUCGAAUCGUCGGUUGGGGAUGCGAUCGGUUUCGACUUUCGGCAUGUCGAGGCGCUGCUCGGGGACGCGAUCGGGUUCGACGUCCAGUAUUUCAUGCCAGAGGAGUUCCUGCAGGACCUGCCUCUCCGCAACGAGAGUCUGCCGCAGGAGGUCAUGAGCGAGUUCUCAAGCUACAGGUUCAAAGAAUACCACGACGACGACAUUGACGACGGAGGUUUCGGUCCCGUGUACAAGUACGGCGUGAAAGCCACGACGAUUCUGAAUUCCCCAGCAUAUCUGGCGCGGCGAUCGAUUUGCACUAAGGUCGUGUCACCAGACGGAGAUCCUCGUGUCUGCAGCGAGCCUGGCGACUUUUCGCCCAGGGCCUUAAUCGAGCAUGCUCAAGCAGGUGAGGCUGGUCGCUUCAGGCUGCAGGCAGCGUUCUAUUUCAGAGCAUAUGGAUUCGUCGACGUUCAUUCCAAAACUUGCUGCUGCUUUGGAAUUGUUUGCUGGUCCGACACGAUCUGCAACGACGAAAUAAAGUUGGAAGGCGACUUGAUCGUUGAAAGUAUCGUCAGCGUCACCAUUGAUCAGUCUGGGGCUGCGAAGUUCACUCCCACCACCACCGUCACACUCGAUAAUUUCGAUGUGUCGGGUUGUAGCGCGGACUGGUUCAUGAGGCUGAUCGGCGUCGAUGGAAACCAGGAGAUUCAAGAGAGAGCCCAAGCCAGCGUGCAGUCCUGGAUCGACAGCAGCCUGCAGAGCGCGUUCCUGCCCCAGACCAUCCCCCUCAGGCCGGACGCCGUCAACCUGACCUACCAGCUCCACUCGCCGCAGUUCGUGCCCUCGAACGCGACCUCCUCUUCCCGCGGCUACGUCAUGGUACACGCCAGCUGCGCCGUGUCCGCCACGGCGCCCAACGGCACGACGCAGCGGUUCCCGGACCCCGGCCAGCCGUGGACGGGCGGCCACAAUGCGCAGCCGCUGAACACGAGCUGGGCCCGCACGCGCGCGCUCCCGGCGGCGGGCGAGGCGGUGCUGCUCGGCGGGGUGCGGGCGGCACCGCAGCUGCUCACGAUGGUCCUGCAGGGGCUGCACUACUCAGGGGCCCUCUCCCCCAAGAACGAGAGCGAUGUCCGGGACGCGCACCUCUUCUUCGACAUGGACAUGGCCCAGCCGACCGCGUUCAUCAAGGGCGGCCCGCGCCGGGGGUUCGAGAUGCGCGAGCAGACGCUGCGGCUGCAGGUCGACUGCCUGGACAGGAAGUCCUCCAAUUCGUCGAGGCGCUACCAGCUGCUGGACGCGAGGUUCGCCAACGUCACUCAGGAGCUGGCCGUCCACACGGUCGGACCGACCUCGGUGGACGACCAGACGGCCCUCGGAUUGGUCGUGCAGAUCUGGAACAGCUCGAUGGGCGACGCCCACUUCGAGGGGAUGAACUCCAGCGGGUUCAUCGGGACGCAGAGCCAGCUGAAGGCGCUGUCGCUGGGCGCCCUGCGCAGGAGCUUGCCGGCGGUCAACAGGAUGCUGCUGGACACGCCGAUCAAGUUCUGCACGACCUGCGCGCUGGCGCCGCUCGUGCCGCACCCCUCCGUGGCCCCCGUGCCCUCGGAGGCCUCCGGCGGCCCCGGCUACCUGGAGGUCUCGUGGCACUGCGCCUGCAACGAGUACGGCUACUACCAGAAGUGCCAGGGGUUCCGGUGCCCGGAGGCCCUGCGGGAGGCCCCGCAGCUGCGGCCCCGGCCGCCUGCGGCCGCCGCGCCCGGGCCGCUGGCCGCCGCGGGCCGCCGCCUGCACGCCGCCGCGGCGGGCGCCGCCGCGCGGCUCGGCGCACUGGGCAUCCGGCCGUGGGGCGGCGCCCCGCCCGCCGCCGGGCGCCCGCGGCGGGCCGCGGGCGGCAGCGGCGCGCCCGUGCUGCUCGGCGCCUUCCCGGGCGCGGCGUGCGGCUUCGGCCCGGGCGGCACCUUCAGGUUUGCGACCGCGAACUUGUCGCAGUGCACGGAGGCCGGAGGGCUCUCGGAGCUGGGGCCCGCUUACGUCCUUGACGGCGACGGCGAGGACUUCGCCCUGCACUCCGGCUGCGGCCUGCGGAACGGCUCCUGCGAGGGCUGUCGUGCCACGCUGAGCCUCCGGGCCCGAACGUGCACUCGCCUCGGGGGGGUGUCGAUCUUCCUCGAGGUGCCCGACGGCAGCUCGACCUGCAUUGGCGGAUCGGAGGCAUACCCGGACACGGGCGCGGUGCUCCUGGCCACGGACGGUGCACCCGGGUCCUCCCGGUCGCAGACCACGUUCGCCACGCGGCUCGGCAGCAGCUGCGCCCGGUGCGGCGCAGGUGGGAAUCUCUCCUGCGCAGCACUCCCACGGCAGGGCGGCUUCAAGGCAGACCUCUUCUGCGAGAACUGCUCCCUCGAGACGUGCGCCAUCCGAGGCCUCGUGGGAACGGACGCCGUGCCGGUGCCGAAGAACGAUUCGUUGGGCAACUCGUCUGGGUUCUCGAUGGUUCUCGUCACCACGCCCUCGCGGUACACGAUCUUGAGAGCCUGCCCGUCGCCCAGCCGCAGGGCCGGGGACGGAGCCCUCCUCGCCUCGCUGCUCGGGGCAGUCCUGGUGUCCUCGCUGCUGGGUGCCGGCUGGGCUGCUGCCAGGCGCCGGCGCGGCGCGUGCGGCUCACCGCGCGCGCUGGCCCGCGGGUCGCUGGCCCGCGGGCAGCGCGCGCUCGGCACGGCGCGCGGCGUGCUCGCCUCCUGGCGCGCCUCCGCGGGGUCGGCCUGCACGGCCUGCCUCGGCAGGCUGCCGCGGGCGCACCUCCGCUGGCAGGGGGAGGCCGCCCACUUCCAGAGCGCCCUCCUCAGGCUCUGCGUGCAGGCGUGGCUGCUCGUUGCCUGCGGCGCCGUGUGGUUCUGGAAGAACCCCAUGGUCGGCCUGCUGGCAAGCAUGCGGGAGCAGCUCUCCGUGGAGGGCUUCGACAUGACCGGGGCGGAGCACAUCGUGGAGGUGUCCCGGUCCACGGGGCUCGCCAUCUUCGUCGCUGUGGCCCUGCUGUCGAAGGUCCAGUUCGCCUGCGGCCUCGUAGGCCUGGAGCCGCGCCCGGGGCCAGGCGCGCCUGCAGUUCCCGCCAGGGCGGCGGGGCCGGGCAGGGCGUGGUGGCGCUGCUCGGCGGCCAUGCUGUUCGAGGGCACGGCCGGCGUGGCGCUGCUGGCGCUGACCUUCUGGCAGCGGGACUUCGUCCAGGCGUACGAGUCCGCCAAGGGGCAGGGGGGCGAGAUGGGGUUCCUGUCGGGGGGCGUCGCCGCGACGGCAUCCGUCGAGUUCAGUAUUCGCCUGCUGCUCACGUGGAUCGCGCCCUUCCUGAUGACCGUGCGCAUCGUGCCCGCGGUGGCCACGACCACGGUAGCCCACCACCGCGCGAGCGCCGGCGCCCAGGUGGGGCCCGUCUUGCCCUACCUGCUGGGCCUGCUGCUGACCCACGAGACCAUCGCCGUGGUCCUCGCCAUGACGUACUUCCACUCGGGCUACAUAUCCACCGUCCUUUUCGAGAUCGUACUGGGCGGGACGGUCCUGAACGUGUGUUCGUUCCUGAUCUGCUCAGACAGCCUGCCGGGCCACGCGGGGGCGGCCUCCGCCCUGUGCGCCAUCAUCGGCGCCUACCAGUCGGUGCUGGUCGCCUACCUGGGGUACACGAUCGGGAACGGCUGGCUCGCGCCCUUCCUGGCCGUCUCCUCCGCGGUCGCGGCCUACUCGCCCUGGGCGGCCGUCACCACCGCCGUCCAGGAAGUGUCGCUGUCGCUCCCCGGGGUUGACUGCCCGCCGCGCCCGGCCGUCCAGGCGGCCGCCCCCGACGCCGCGGAGGCGGCGCCUGCCCCGGGCGGGCUGCCAGAGCCGCUGCUGAGUUUCGGCACAGACGGCCGCCCCGUCGCCGUCGCGGCGGCCGACCCGCAGGAGGCCUGCCCCGCCGCCGCGGCGACGGCCGCCGUGGCCGCCGCGACACUCCCCGCCGGCGGCGGCUCUGCUGGCGGCCGCUGCGCCCUGGAGGUCUACGAGUGGCUGCUCGAGAAGCAGGAGGCGCAGGAUGCGGCCGCGUACGGCUCCAGGAUCAAGUGGAGGAGGCUGUGCCUGCUCUUAGGCACCACCGGGCUGGUGGUAAGUACGCUGCGGGACUGGGGACAUUGCCAAAGGGUCAGCCCUUGGGACGACGUGAACGCCAUGAUCUCCAGCAUGGUCGGGGACGGUGCCGAGGUCAGCCGCAGCAGCGACUCCUUCCUGGCCCCCCUGGUCGACCAGUACGGCAGCGCCCGCGGCCUCAGGCUGGCCCUGAACUGCUGCGGCGCGGUGGCGUUCGGGGCGGGCGCGGUCCUGGACCUGGUGGGCUCCCAGGGCUGGGCGCCGGCGCGGAAGAUGCUGGACGGCUCCCGCACCUGCGGCAUCGUGGGCACGCUCCUGUGCGCGGCCGCCUUGCUCGCCUUCAACCUGCCCGACUACGUCGGCCUGCUGGACUUCGGCCCCACGCUCGGGCACUGCGGGAGCGGGUUCUGCCAGGGCGUCUCGGACUCCAUGCGGGCCGCCCUGGGCUCGGGGCUCCUCGCCCAGGCGGGCGUGGACUUCGUGCCCAUGCUCGUCGCGCUCCCGUGGACGCUGUUUCGCAUCGGCUUCUUCCUCUCCGAGGACAAGCAGAACAGCAAGGCCGUGGGCGCGCUCAUGUGGGCCACCAUCAUGUGCAUGUUCCGGUUAUCUUUGCUGCCAGCAACAAUUGCGUACAUCGCAACCGCGGACAGCCAGAUCGUCCUCUGGUACGCCGCGUUCCUGGUCCUCCCGCUGUGCCUGCUGUCCUUCAUCGCGGCGACUGGCAGGCACCGCCUGGGCUGGUACUUCCUCUGGGGCUGGGGCUUCUUCGCGGUGCCCCUCUUCGGCAUGACAGCGGUGGCGCUGCAGGAAGACUGGUGGACGCUCAUGCAGAGGGCCUGGCAGAGCUUUCAGGCGUCCUGGCCAAGCUUCCUGGCGGAGUUCACCCUCUCCGACGUGGUCAUAUCGGACGUGUUCUUUCUGCUCAUCUACGGGCGGACGCGCGGCGGAGCAGCCGCUUGAGGGGUCCGCGGCCCUGGGUCGGAGCUCUGGCGCGAACGUCCCCGCGUUCUCGCGCGCACGUUUUUUGUUUGUUUCCAUUUGCUGCUUCACCAUUCGCAUAGGCUGGGCAGGUGUUCCCCAGCGUGAGGCGUUUUCUUCCAGUCAGUAGUCUACACUGAGAAUCGUGGCGGCAGCAGGCUUCUAACAAGGCAUGCUUGUGCCCACCCAGAAUAUUCGAGCCUCCAGGGUCGAACUUGUGCCGGGCAAGCUGCAAGAUGCGCAGUGCACAUCGCAAAGGCCGCGCCGUCCCCCCCCAAAAAAAGAAAAAGGAUU